UCCUGCACUCGAGUCCAGAGGUCGCCACACCAGUCCGCCUGCCAGACACCCGCGAGUCGACAUGAGGGCCCUGAUGCUGCUGAGCCUGGCGGCGUGCGCGCUGGCGGACUCCUCCACCACCACCGAGAAGGCCCAGGAGGCCACCACCAAGGCCAACAUCGGCAAGCGCACCGUCAACUACGGCGGCUUCGGCGGCUUCGGCGGCUUCGGCCAGGGCCUGGGGCAGAGCUACGGGGGGUUCGGCGGCUUCGGGCAGGGCCUGGGGCUCAACUACGGGGGCCUGGGCGCCGCCAGCAGUCUGCAGCCCCUGGUGCUGGGCGCAGGUCACGGCCUGGGCCAAGGACUCCUCCUGGGCGGCCAGAGCCUGGGUCAGCCCCUGGUUCUCCAGGGCGCCGGUCUGGGCGGGUACUCCGCCCCGCUGGCCUUCUCCUCGGGAUCCAGGCUGGGUCCCGUCACCUUCGGCGCGCACGGCGGCGGGUCUGCCGCCGCCGCCUCUCUGCAGGCCUUCGCCGUGCCCAGCAGCUCAGGCGUGUCAUCCGCGUCCUUCGCCCCCAGCCUGGGCAGCUACCCCGCCUCCGCCGGCCUCGGCUACUACGGCAGCGCCAGCUACUCGUCCCCGAGCCUCAGCGCUGCCAGUCUGGGCAGCUACUCGUCUCCUAGCCUCAGCGCCGCCAGUCUGGGCAGCUACUCGUCUCCUAGCCUCAGCGCCGCCAGUCUGGGCAGCUACUCGUCUCCUAGCCUCAGUGCCGCCAGCCUUGGUAGCUACUCCUCGUCCCCGAGCCUCGGCGCCGCCAGCCUUGGUAGCUACUCGUCGUCACCGAGCCAUGGUUCCGCCAGUCUUGGCAGCUACUCGUCUCCCAGCAGCAGCUACUCAUCUCCGAGCAUCAGCAGCGGCAGCUACUCGUCCCCCAGCAGCAGCUACUCGGGCAGCUACUCGUCCCCGAGCAUCAGUUCCGCCAGUCUCGGCAGCUACUCAUCCCCGAGUAGCAGCUACUCGUCUCCCAGCAGCAGCUACUCGGGCGGCUACUCGUCGCCCGCGAGUAGCUACAGCGCGGCGGACAGCAGCUACAGCAGCAGCAGCAGCAAGGGUGGCUACUCGCGGUAACAACUGCCAACACUCGCUCACUUCACUCCUCGCUCAAGAACUCCCAUCUAACCAUCCUUACCAUCCUCGCCACCAUCACCUCCACAACUGACUGUCCACCAACAAAUCAACCAAACCUAGUGUAGUGCUUUUGUAUUUUUUUGUUGCAUACUGUUGUUGUUGUUAAAUAAAUUUUUAUAGUAAAACUA